CCAAACCAAUACUUGCUCUCACAGAAAUUUAGUCGAAUAUCUUGCGUUUAUGGCUCCUUUCAAGAUUUUCUCAUCUCUUCUGCUACUUUCCUUUCUGGGUUUGAUCCUUAACCCUUGUUUAGCAACGAGGAAGCUUUCGGCUCUUGUUGAGCAACCGCCGAUUGUCCUUAAGUACCAUAAUGGUCCGUUGCUUACGGGUAAUGUCACCGUUAAUCUUGUCUGGUACGGUCAAUUCUCCCCUGCUCAAAGGUCCAUAAUCGUUGACUUUUUCAAUUCUCUUAGCUCCACCAAGAUGAGACCACCUUCGGUGGCGUCCUGGUGGCAGACCACCGGGAAGUACAGAGGAGGUCCACGCACCGUCGUCCUUGGGAAACAAGUGCUUGAUGAAAAGUACUCUUUGGGGAAAUCGAUUAAGACCCAGCAGAUUAAAGCUUUGGCUUCAAAAGCUGGAAACGGAGCAAAUGCAAUCAGCUUCUUGUUGACUUCUGCUGAAGUGGUGGUUGACGGAUUUUGUAUGAGCAGGUGCGGGACACACGGGUCGGGUGGGGUCAAGGGAAGCAAGUUCCUGUACGCCUGGGUUGGUGACUCGGUGAAUCAGUGUCCAGGGCAGUGCGCCUGGCCAUUCCACCAACCUAUUUACGGACCGCAGACUCCACCGUUGGUUCCACCUAAUGGAGACCUUGGGGUCGACGGGAUGGUCAUCAACUUGGCUACCCUUUUGGCUGGAACGGUUACCAAUCCCUUCGACAACGGGUACUUUCAGGGCUCCGCAGGGGCGCCUUUGGAGGCCGUCAGCGCGUGUACUGGCAUAUUCGGAAAAGGCGCGUACCCGGGAUAUCCAGGUAAGGUUUUGGUGGAUAAAACCACCGGAGCUAGCUACAACGCCAGAGGCGUUAACGGGCGUAAGUAUUUGCUUCCGGCGAUGUGGGAUCCACAGACAUCCACGUGCAAGACGCUCGUGUGAGCAAAAGAGAAAAAGGUCGCACCUGUAUCCAUUGAUAACGCGUAUUGUACAUGUAUAUAUAGAGAUGAUUUACGAUAACGUUCGGAUACAUAAAGAAUCAAAAAAAAAAUCUAUUUUUCAUUUUCUCCCUUACAUAUGUAUUCUUUAUGGUACAUCAGAUGUUUAGGUAUAUAAAAAGGAAUAACAUUU